AUGGCUGCUGUGCUGCAGAGCUUCACUGCUUUGGGCAAGGGCCUGGCGGUGGCCAUCGUGGCUGGCGGCGUGCUGGUUCAAGUUGCGCCAAGCGUGGAGGGCAGCCUGGGCCUUAUCGCUGCCCGAGCAAUCCCGCGCCCAUGGACCUUGUUCAGUUGCGCCUUCCUGCACGCCAACAUCCUAAACUCGCUGGCCUAUGGCGUGGCGGUGCUCUUCCUGGCUCGCAUCGUGGAGCCCAUCUAUGGCUCGCGGGAGCUGUUCAAGUACCUCUCCAUCGUCAUAACCCUCACCUCCUUCCUGACCGUGGCGGUGGUGACCGUGCUCUACUACGCCACGCUUUCCUCCAAGUCCUCCCCCAAGGCCGACCACGCCGGCGACAAGCUCUUCCGCCCCAUGGGCGGCUUUGAGGCGGGGCUGGCCGCGCUGCUGGUGGCCGUCAAGCAGCUGAUCCCCGACAACGAGGUGGCGCUGCUGGGUGGCGCGCUCAAGUUCCGGGCCAAGCACCUGCCCGCCCUGUAUGCUGCGGCCAUGGUGGGAGGGUCGCUGGCGCUCGGAGGCGCCGUGCGCGUCAUCCCCUUCACCCUCUUUGGCACCUACUUAGGCUGGGCAUUCCUGCGCUUCGUCCAGACCCGCAACGGCGUGCGGGGCGACCUUUCCGACGAGUUCCGCCUGUCCACCUUCUUCCCGCAGCCCCUGCAGCCGCCUGUCGACCAGGUGGCCGGCGCCUGUACCCGCCUGACCGGCCUGGGCGCCAGCACCGGCAGCCAGGCGCAGCAGGCGGCCUGGAAUUAUGGCAUGGGCGGCAGCGUGCUGCCCGGCACCGACGACGGGGAAGCGGCGCGCCGCAGGGAGCGGGGCGCCAAGGCGCUGGAGGAGAGGCUGGGACUCAAGAAGGCGGCCUCGGCGUCCACGGCGGUGGCACCCACUGGGGCCCAGGAGGCGGCGGAGGCAGCCCCGCUGCCACCGGCUGAGCCUGACGUCGAGGCGGGCGUGGCGGCAGAGUCGGCGAGCUGA